GUGUAAUCCACGUAUUUAGACUGAACAGCAUGGAGCGACUUUCGCGCUAAUAUUGUACGCAGCCCACAGAAGGAGCUAACACCCGGCAUAUAAACUACUCGCAGCGAUGUCAGUAAACCGGUGUAUAUAUUUGUUGUCUCGGCUUCAAAGCCACAUUAGCACCCGAACUGCCCGCAUCACUGCUGGCAGUUGUCAUGUAUCUUCUGGGUCCGGUUUGUCACAUAAACAACGCCAGGCUGGUUCUGUGGUUUGCAGCAGAAAUGUUUCAUCUAACAGCUCUUCUCCAAAACCCCCGGACACCUCUCUGUUUGUCCCCGUCUCUCUGAAGACCGACUCCGUGCUGGAUGGGACGGUGGGAGCAGAGCUGACCCAACCGCUCGACAGAAGUGAAGUGCUGAAAAUUAUGAACCGUUUUUAUAAGAGGAAAGAGAUGCAGAAGCUGGCAGCAGAUAAUGGCCUGGAUGCUCGUCUGUUCCACCAGGCCUUCAUCAGCUUUAGGAAGUUUGUCCUGGAAAUGACAUCACUGCCCGCUGAGCUGCACAUCAUCCUUAAUGACAUCUGCCAUGGAGCAGGCCAUAUAGAUGACAUCUACCCAUACUUUAUGCAUCAUGCCAAGCAAAUCUUUCCUAUGCUGGACUGUAUGGAUGACCUGAGAAAGAUCUCCGACCUCAGACUCCCAGCUAACUGGUAUCCUGAGGCUCGUGCCAUCCAGAGAAAGGUGAUUUUCCAUGCUGGUCCCACUAACAGUGGUAAAACCUACCAUGCCAUCCAGCGCUACCUGGCUGCUAAGAGUGGAGUCUACUGUGGCCCCCUGAAACUACUGGCCCAUGAGAUCUUUGAGAAGAGCAACACUGCUGGAGUGACAUGUGACUUGGUUACCGGGGAGGAGAGGACCUUCAUGGACUCAGAGGGUCGAGCAGCUGCUCAUGUGUCCUGCACCAUUGAGAUGUGCAGUGUCACCACGCCUUACGAGGUGGCUGUAAUUGAUGAAGUUCAAAUGAUUAGGGAUCCCUCCAGAGGCUGGGCCUGGACCAGAGCACUGCUGGGUAUCUGUGCAGAGGAGGUCCAUGUGUGCGGGGAACCUGCAGCCAUAGACUUUAUCAGAGAGCUGAUGUACACCACUGGAGAGGAGGUGGAGGUCCACACCUACCAGCGUUUAACUCCAUUCACAGUCUUGGACCAUGCUGUGGAUUCAUUAGGCAACUUGAAACCAGGAGAUUGUAUCGUCUGCUUCAGUAAAAAUGACAUCUACUCCAUAAGCCGACAGAUUGAGGCCAGAGGACUACAGUGUGCUGUAAUUUAUGGGAGCUUACCUCCAGGCACCAAACUGUCACAGGCCAAGAAGUUCAAUGACCCCGAUGACCCCUGCAAGAUACUGGUUGCUACAGAUGCCAUUGGCAUGGGCCUAAACCUGAGUAUAAAACGCAUCAUCUUCAACAGUCUGGUAAAGCCUAAUAUUAAUGAGAAAGGGGAGAAACAGAUGGAGACCAUCAGCACAUCACAAGCUCUGCAGAUCGCUGGCAGGGCAGGGAGGUCACUCUCAUUUUCACUUCUGUUGUCCCUCUUUCAGGGGGGGGCUCUGGGUAUUACCAAAUAUUUGUUUCUGCCAAAUCACUGUUUUAAACCGGUCUCCUCUGUCACCUCUCCCAGGUUCUCCUCCAAGUUUAAAGAGGGAGAAGUUACCACCAUGCAUAAAGAUGACCUGCCAGUUCUGACAGAAAUACUCAGCCACUCAGUGGACCCCAUCGAGACUGCGGGUCUCCAUCCCACAGCAGAGCAGAUAGAGAUGUUUGCCUAUCAUCUACCUGAUGCUACGCUGUCGAACCUUAUUGACAUAUUUGUCAGCCUCUCUCAGGUCGACGGUAUGUAUUUUGUCUGCAACAUUGACGACUUCAAGUUUCUGGCUGAUAUGAUUCAGCACAUCCCACUCAACCUGAGGUCGCGCUACGUCUUCUGCACUGCUCCCAUCAACAAGAAGCAACCUUUUGUUUGCACCUCCUUCCUAAAGUUUGCCCGUCAGUUCAGUCGAGACGAACCUCUGACAUUUGACUGGGUCUGUCGCCAUGUCAGCUGGCCUCUGGAUCCACCCAAAAACAUAAAAGACCUGGUUCACUUGGAGGCUGUUCAUGAUGUGUUAGAUCUUUACCUCUGGUUAAGCUACCGUUUCAUGGACAUGUUUCCAGACACGGCCUUGGUUCGAGAAAUCCAGAAGAUACUCGAUGACACCAUCCAAGAGGGUGUCCGAAACAUCACCCGUCUCAUCAGAGCCAUGGACCCAAACAUCACUGACCCCCUAAAGACACAGGGCGGCAGGCGCGGUAAUAUUGGAACUGCCAGCAGCGAUCAUUUGACCAGCAGCAGAGGUCAAAGUGGACAAAGAGGCUCAGAAGAGGUGAUGCACAGCUCUCUGGCCGGUCGCCUGGUGAGAGACGGGCUGUUGACUCCUGAUUUGCUCCGUCAGCUGCAGAGGGAGUGGUCUAAGGAGCAAAAGCAGCAACCCACCAAUCAGAGCAGAGGCGAUGCGGAACAUCACAGUAAUGACAGCAAAGGGAAAAGGAGAAAGAAGAAGAAAUGAAGAGAAAUAACUGGGCAUUGUACACAGUCAAUGCUGCUUCCAUUGAGAUCAAUAACUGGGACUUGCACCAGCAGAGGCUCGAUGACAUCUGGUGGUUUGUUUGAACUUGAUAGGGAGUAGAAGCAGUUAAAUGGGAUCCAUGAACACAUCGAGCACUAAAGGUAUCACAGCAAGCUCUGCUGAAGCUAAAAUCAAAACACCUAAAUGGGACUUUUGGAGAAGAUCAGGUGAGAUUUACACCAUAAAACUGUGUUAGUAAAGGGAUAUCAUGUAAUUUCAUCAAAGUCGCAUUGUAUGUUUUCUGUACAAACUGAAACUAGUGCUGGAAUAUGAUUCUAGUAAAUGCACAUGAAUAUCCUUCCUGUGAACUUCCGCUCUCUUAACCCUGAUGACGGACCCUCUGAGAGAUUCUCACAUUUCUGUGUGAGCGUAAAAUGACUUACAGUUAGAAUCUGAAAGCUGUCUGGUUGUCACAUGUUAAACCCUCCAAUUAGCUCAACAACAAACUGACGGACUGCACACGUGACUGUGACGUCCUGCCUGAGCUACCUCUGGUCCUCAGCUCAAACCUGCAAACUGACAGGCAACACAGCUCAUCACGGUGUUUCAGCAGAGAGUCAUGCAGGUCUGGAAUCAGUUUGCUUUCAUUUUGCUCAGUACAGUCCAAUGAAAACCUCACAACAGCAUGUUUGGAUACAUGUGCAGUUACUCUCAGUUAAACUAAUCUGAACUGAACUUUCUGUAAUGAGGGUUAGGGUUAGGGUUAGGGUUGAACUGAGCACAGCCCUGCUAGUGUCUGUAUAAGAUGAG